UCUCUCUCUCUCUUCUCCAUUCAAGCAUGCACAUUUCUCUCUCACUCUCGCUUCUCUACAUGGGAAAUUUGCAAAACUUCCUCAUUCUUCUCUUCCUCUCUCUAACUCUGUCUUUACCUCUCUGUCUCUCUCUAAACCAAGAAGGCCUCUACCUCCAAAGAGUCAAGCAAUCUCUCUCCGACCCAACCGGCUCACUCUCCACCUGGUCCGACCGUGACGCCACACCAUGCAACUGGACCGGCAUCACCUGCGACAAUUCGCCGUCUUCCUCCGUUGUUUCAGUCAAUCUCACCACUGCCUCUCUCUCUGGUCCCUUCCCGUCCUUCCUCUGCCGCCUCCGUUCUCUCUCCUCAAUCUCUCUCUCCAACAACUCCAUCAACAUGCUGCCGGCCACCAUCUCCACCUGUCAAAAUCUUACCCUCCUCGACCUCUCCCAAAACCUCCUCGUGGGCCCCAUUCCUCCCACUCUCUCCGAUCUCCCCAACCUCAGGUACCUCAACCUGGAUGGCAACAAUUUUUCCGGUGACAUUCCGGCAAGUUUAGGGAAUUUCCAGCAACUUGAAACUCUCAUUCUCUCUGAAAAUCUCCUAAGUGGUACAGUCUCGGCGGUUCUUGGGAAUAUAACAAGUCUCAAAUGGCUUCAACUAGCUUACAACCCGUUUGCACCGAGUCGCCUCGCUCCGGAACUCGGUAACUUGACUAAUCUUGAAUACCUCUGGCUUGCUGGGUGUAAUCUAGUUGGUGAGAUUCCGGAGAGUUUUGCUAAACUGAGCAGCCUGACUAAUUUGGACGUGUCAAUCAAUCAGCUCACUGGGUCAAUACCCAAUUUGAUUUUUCAGCUCAAAAAUGUUGUACAGAUUGAGCUGUAUCAAAACUCGUUCACCGGAACUUUACCAGCGGGAUGGUCAAACUUGACGGCGUUGAGACGUUUCGACGCGUCGACGAACAAGCUAACCGGGACGAUUCCGGACGAUUUGUGUGAAUUACCAUUGGAGUCACUCAAUCUACAGGAGAACCAACUCGUGGGUUUGGUCCCAGAGAGCAUAGCUAAGUCCCCGAACUUGCAGGAAUUCAAACUGUUUAAUAAUCAACUCACUGGGUCAUUGCCGAGUCAACUCGGUGUGAACUCUCCGCUACAAAUCCUUGAUGUAUCAGAAAAUAUGUUUUCGGGUGAAAUUCCAGAGAAUUUGUGUGCAAAAUGGGCUUUAGUAGAGCUUGUUAUGAUAGAUAAUUUAUUCUCGGGGAAUAUUCCGGUGGGUCUUGGUAAAUGCCGAAGCUUGAGCCGGGUCCGGUUGAGGAGCAACCGGCUUUUUGGGGAAGUUCCGGCUGAAUUCUGGGGUUUGCCACAUGUGUACCUGCUUGAUCUUUUUAACAAUUCAUUUUCUGGGAAUAUUUCCCAUAUGAUAUCUGGUGCAAGAAAUCUUUCAAUCCUCAUGAUUUCAAAAAAUAAAUUUUCAGGGUCCAUUCCUGAUGAGAUUGGAUUAUUGGGAAGUUUGAUUGAGUUUUCUGCUAAUGAAAAUGAGUUUAGUGGAGAAAUUCCUGGUCCAUUAGUCCAAUUGAGUCAACUAGGAAAGCUUGAUUUAAGUAACAAUGAGCUAUCCGAAGGAAUUCCGGUUGUCCGGGAAAUCCCGGAUGAUAUUGGGAGAUUGCCAGGGCUAAAUUACCUUGAUCUUUCUGGGAAUUAUUUUUCGGGAAAAAUUCCAUUGGGCCUGCAGAACUUGAAGCUUAGUAAGCUAAAUUUGUCAAGCAAUAGACUUUCGGGUAAAAUUCCUCCUCUUUAUGCUCAGGAAGUUUAUAGAAACAGUUUCGUGGGCAAUCCAGGCUUGUGUGAUGAUCUUGCUGGUCUUUGUCCUCCACAAGUUAGAGAUAGGAAUCAAGGUUAUGUGUGGAUACUUGGAUUGAUUUUUGCAGUCACUGGUACAGUUUUGAUUGUUGGGGUAGUUUGGUUCGUUUGGAAGUACUGGAAUAUCAAGGAAUCGAGGGAAGGAAUCAUUUUGUCAAAGUGGAGAUCAUUUCAUAAGUUGGGAUUUAGUGAAUUUGAAAUUUUCGAUUGCCUCAAUGAAGAUAAUGUUAUCGGAAGUGGAGCAUCUGGGAAAGUUUAUAAAGUUGUGCUGAGUAAUGGUGAGGUAGUUGCCGUGAAGAAGCUCUGGGAAAGGUCAAAUAAAGACGACACAAGUUUUGAAAGCGCUGACUCUGCCAAAGAUGAGUUUAAAGUAGAAGUUGAGACACUGGGAAAAAUUAGGCACAAGAAUAUAGUCAGAUUAUGGUGUUGUUGCAACUCUGGGAAUUGCAAACUUUUGGUAUAUGAGUAUAUGCCAAAUGGGAGCUUAGGUGAUUUGUUGCAUAGCAAGGGUGCAUUGUUGGAUUGGCCUACAAGAUUUAGGAUAGUGCUGGAUGCAGCUGAGGGGCUUUCUUAUUUGCACCAUGAUUGUGUUCCUCCAAUCGUUCACAGGGAUGUCAAAUCGAACAAUAUAUUGUUGGAUGGAGAGUUUGCAGCAAGAAUUGCAGAUUUUGGAGUUGCUAAGUUUGUUGAAGCAGUCAAGAGGGGGGAAGAAUUCAUGUCUGGAAUUGCUGGUUCUUGUGGUUACAUUGCACCAGAAUAUGCUUAUACGCUUCGAGUGACUGAGAAGAGUGAUAUUUAUAGCUUUGGAGUUGUCAUUCUCGAGCUGGUGACCGGGAGACGCCCCAUAGACCCAGAAUUUGGGGAGAAAGACUUGGCCAAAUGGGUCUGCAUCACCUUAGACCAGAAAGGAGUUGAUCAUGUACUCGAUCCCAAUCUCGAUUCCAGUUUCAAGGAACAAAUUUGCAGGGUUCUUGAUAUUGGUGUACUUUGCGUUGGCCCUCUUCCAAUUAAUCGCCCUUCAAUGCGAAGAGUGGUUAAACUGCUGCAAGAAGCAGGGGCAGAUAACAAGCCCAAGAUUGGAAAGAAGGAUGGCAAGCUCUCUCCUUAUUAUUCUGAUGAAGGAAGUGCAAUUUAA